UGUCAAAUUCAAUACGAAACGGAUGUUUGAAAAUGUACACUGUACGUGGUAUUGAAUGAUGUUGAUUUGCUCGUAAUUUCUCACUGGACGCGACUCAUCGUGAGACUUGUAUGAAACUAAUAUUGCACUGUGUUACCCUGGGAAGAUGUUGAUCUACGAUGUGUUGCACAAGGAAAGGGUUUAUCAUAUCGUUGCCAAUGAUCUCAGGGGCUUCGGGGUUAAGUAUCGCUUCAAAAAGAGUAUGCUUAAAAGCGAAAGACCCGAAGUCUGCAAGGAUAUCUCUAAGAAGGUCUUCAAGACUCCCUUAUUUUAUCAACCCUUGGAUAUCGUGAAUUUGUCGUCGGGUGGCAUUGUUCACGUUCCCGUGUUUGUGAUUCAAGCUACGACAUUCUUGGAGAAGUAUAUCGCUCAGGAGGGUCUCUUCAGGAAAGCUGGCUCUCAGGCGCGACAGAGAGAGUUGAUGUCUCGCUUGGACAACGGCGGUAGUUUAGGCGAGAAGAAUCACGCGAUUGACGUUGCCAAUUGCUUGAAGUCCUUCUUUCGGGAUCUGCCGGAACCAUUGAUACCAUAUACUUAUCACGAUCUAUUUGUACACUGUGCACUGCUGAAGAAUUAUCGAAUACAGGCAUUGCUGCUAGCAUGUGCACUGUUACCGCCAUAUCAUCUCAAUACUUUAGCAUUUUUUAUGGAGUUCUUAAAAAAGGUCUCCAUGCAUGAGAAGCAAAAUAAGAUGAGUAUUGAGAACUUGGCGAAAGUUGUCGGACCAAAUAUCAUGCCUUUGAGAGACACAAGUAUGUCGGCUGUACAAAACAGAUUGCAAAUGCAUUUGACUAUCAUCAAGAUUUUAAUUGAAAACUCACAAAAUAUUGGUAUUCUGCCAUCUCACAUAGCACAAAGUAUCUCUAUGGAAACAAGUAGUAGUACAGAUAAUGGAUUAGAUUCAUUUGAACUACUUGGAAAAUCUAAAAAGAAGAAACAUCGUAGUGGAAGUCUUACACGUAAGCCACAUCUAAGUGCUACCAAUCUGAAUUUAAGAAUGUUCAAUGGAUUGAAAAAAAUUGUUGGGAAAGGUGUUGAUGAUGUGCCUAGUAUCAACCAUCAACAGCUUCCUACACAUCCAGAGCAAACAGUGCCUUUAGUUAAAUUUAACAAAAAGCGAAAAGUAGCAGAGAGAAUGGAUGCUCCAAGUGUAAAGAAAAAAAGAGUGGCUGACAAACUAGAUAAAUCAAAGAAAAUAAGACUGAGUUUGGACAAAUUUGUACCUAAAAAUAAACCAAAAAAUACUGACGAGGACUUGUCCGAUUCAUUUACGAAUAAUUAUAAACCGCACGUACGGAUAAGACGUUGGAGUUCAAUAAAUAAUUCUUCUGAUGCAUGUAAAAUGCAGAAAUACAACGACGGGAUAUCGCAUUUAAAAUUUAUGAAAAAUGAUGAACCAUCAAACGAUGAUUUGCUUCAGGAAUACGACAAUGUGUUUAUCGAUGCUAAUGUGAAUUUAUCGGACGAUGGCAGUGGGCAAUUUGUAAAUGAGGAACAUCACAGAAAUAGCGAGCAGUGGCAUAUAGAGGUAAACACGAGCUUGAAGAAACUAGAUGCUACAGAUGAAAGUGGCAACAUAUGUUUGUUGAUUCCACAGAAAAAGACUGAUUUGGAAGAAUUCGAUACAUCUCUUCCCAAUACUGACACGAUCUCAUCAUCGAGCGAUCACUGUGAAGAUGAUUACGUCAGAAUUCCUAAAAGCGAGUACGAAGAUAUAAAAAAUCGAGUUUCCGCGAUUGAAUCGCGUAUUUCACAGGAAUUUGGAAAUAUAUACAAUCAGGAGAACGAUAUAACUACGCAUUCGGUAAACAAAGUGCAGACGGCAUAUGAAAAAACAUUAGAAGAAGCUAGUAUCGAAAAUACCUUGACAAGUGAUUAUUUAGCAAAAAAACUGAGUAAAGAAUUAAAGAUUAGAAGAUCAGGAGAACAUAAAAUAAUAAGAUCCCCUAGCGCAAGAAAAAUUGGGACAUUAAGAAGACGCUCGCAGGAGAAAAUUACCAGCAAACGUGUUAGACGAACCGCAUCGUGGCAUGUAUCUCCGGAAUUCAAUUUGCAACAUCAUAUCCAACUGGAAAAACAAGUGAACAUUUAUCCCAUCGAAAAACAAUCGACGUUUGCCAGCAAAUUCUUGGAGGAACAAUUCUAUUCUACGGCGAGAUCCAAUGAAAUUAUAUCUGAUAGUGCAACAGAUGAGAUAGCUUGUUUGCGUGAUCAAGUAAACACACUGAUUUCUCGUUCAGAACAGCACAAAAUUUCGAACAAUAGCAUUUCAAAUUUAUCCGGAUUUAAAGAGCUACAUUUGACGAAUAACCGUGUGAGUUCAUCUGUGCGCAGAGCAUCAUCUUUUCAUGGAAAAGACUUUGUAGAUAAUUCAUCCUACUUUGAUAAAAAAAUGGAUGACUUAAGAAAGUCUAAUAGUCAUCAGAAUAUAGUCUUAAAUAACGACUGUUUACAAAGAGACAAUAAUGUUACCGAAGGCUCGAAUGAGAUAUCUUGGAAAGAUGCGGAUAGAUAUUUUAAAUCGGUGUGUAAAAUAAAUACACCUGCUCCACAGACUGGUAGAGCAUCAGUCGCAAAACUUCGGGCGCAAAAUGCCGGUAUGGUGCUAGCUAAGGCAAAAUUAUUUGAUGAAUGCACCACUAAAACAUCUGACUUUACGUCAACGGUGAACGUACCAAACAAGAAACAUUGUCGCGAUAAUGUAAGCGUAAAACGUUCUUCAAAUGUAGCUAAAGAAACUGACGUAAACGUCGAACAUUCCAAGCAGUCGUAUAAGAGGACACAAGUAUCUCGAAAACAAUCCAACAAGGAGGUGAAAGGUAAAAAUUACUAUCCAGUCGCGACAUCUGCAAAUACGUCAUCACCACAGAUAAAGACACAUGUAACAAUUACUCAAUUGAAACCGCUUCAAGAACAUACGGACAAAAAUUACUGUGCCACGCAGAAUUUCGAGAUACAAAGUCAGAAAUUGUCAAACAAGGAUCCGAUUUCGUAUCAGAUUUCUGUUAAGGAUAAAACUAUUAACAUCGCACGUGAUGUGGAAAUUCAUCAGAAGGAAAACGCUGCUAUGAAAACAUCGCCGUUGAUGAAAAUGCCCAUCGAGGCAGCAUCGCAAAAUUCGAGUCUAUAUCCUUACAAGACAGAUAUUAGCAAAACUCCGCACAUUAAGCGACCUUUAACAGUCAAAACACCGAAAAGUACCAAAUUAAUGCGUAAACCACCGGUUGAGACACGCAGAACACCGUUGAAAGCGACAGCGCAAUUAGGAACUCCCAAACGUCAGAGUCCAAAAAGUAUAUUGAAGACGAGAACUCUCAGUAUGCAUACGUAACAAAAGAGAUGCACAGAGUAUAAAAAUGUAAUAAAUAUCGCAUGUUGAAUUGAUGUGCUGUAUCUCUAGAAUUGUUAUCUUAAGAAAGUAUAACUCUUUUAUAUAUAUAUAUUUUUGUAACUAUAUAGCGUAUAUUGUGGUGUUCCUAGUACAUUGGAUACUAUUAACAGAAUAUACAAGCGUUGCUAUAGGGAUAGUAUGUGUUCUCAAAACUGAUAGUUUAAAUACGAAUGUUUAAAACUGCAUUGCAUUGUUUAAGCAUAGCAUUGUUUAAGCGGAGCGAAUAGUUGUAAGUGAUACGAUUGUAAGUCGCACUUGUGAACUAUACACCUCCAUAAUUUUAUGAAUUAUUCGCUUCUUUUAUAGAUUGUACAAGGCACACGCCCGACUUGAAGUACUACUUUUUAAGACUAGUCAUUGCAUGUAUCUGCUUAUUUACAUGUGUUCCUCAUUAUAUUCACCGUCAUCCACAUGACAACUUUGAAUUCAAUUGCAAUAUUCGUACUGUUUCAUUAAUGCACGGAUUAGUAAUAUGAAUAAUUACUAUGAUUGA